AAAUUUAAAAAUAAUGAGAAGAAAAACUAAUGUUUAAAACCAUAUAUUUUUAUAAAUUGAAAAUAAGUUUAAAAUGAUCAAUUUAUAAAAUAGUCAUAAUUUUUUUCUCUCUUUUUUUUAAAAUAUUAAAUGUGUAUAUAUAGAUAAACUUAACAGAUUAACUGGAAUUCAGAAACAGAGAAAACAGAAAAAGGAUGGCUGAGACACAGAGCAAAGAGAAGAGAAAUAGGUGGACUCUACAAAACACAACAGCACUGGUCACUGGUGGAACAAAAGGAAUAGGGUAUGCUAUUGUGGAGGAACUGGCAGCAUUUGGAGCUACAGUGCAUACCUGCUCUCGAAACCAAACUGAACUCAACGAAUGCUUAGCUGAAUGGCAGAAGAAGGGAUUUCAAGUCACUGGUUCAGUCUAUGACGUAUCUUCUCACGCUGAACGUGAAAAGCUGGUCGAAACAGUCUCUUCACUUUUAAACGGAAAACUCAACAUACUGAUAAACAACGUUGGAAGAGAAUACUUGAAACCAACUGUAGAGUAUACGGCUGAAGAUUACUCUUUUCUGAUGAGUACCAAUUUUGAGUCAGCUCAUCACCUGUGCCAACUAUCACAUCCUCUUUUGAAAGCUUCAGGAGCGGCAAGUGUUGUUUUCACAUCAUCAAUUGCGGGUGUCACAUUCUAUAACGCUGGAUCCUUAUAUUCUGCAGCUAAAGCGGCCUUGAACCAAUUGGCAAAGAAUUUGGCCUGUGAGUGGGCUAAAGACGGCAUAAGAACUAAUUGUGUAGCACCUGGCCUCACCAGAACCCCCUUGGUUGACCCUUAUUUGAAAAAUGAGAAUCUUUUGAAGGCAUUUUUCACCAGCGUUCCUCAAGCACGCGUAGCAGAGCCUGAGGAGGUGUCCUCCAUGGUGGCAUUUUUGUGCAUGCCUGCAGCCUCAUAUAUAACAGGGCAGACUAUUUGCGUCGACGGUGGGGCAACUGUUAAAGGCUUCUUCUUCCAACCCAAUUGAAAACAUUAGCAAAAUUUCCAAGACAUUGUAUUACGGAAUAAAAGGCUAAAUUGAUUCAAUGUUAAAUAAAAGUCAAUAAUUAAUAAGCUCUCAUGAUGUUCAAUUGCUUCAGACAAUGCCCUUGGAUAAGGAUUCGACUGCUGUCACAUUUGAUCUUGUCCUCUCAUGAGACCGAAGGAACAUGAUCUGGUCUUUGUCACUGUUCUGGUUGCUCCCAGAACCAGAGGAGCUCCAAUUCAUUUUCACUAAAAAUAUUGUACUGUU